AUGACCAGUAAAUCAUCAUCAGCUUCAGGGAAUAUGAAAACUUUUGACGACAAUUCAACAAGUAGCUAUGCAGGAAAAGUAUUGAAAAUGGUGAGAAGUAAGAAGAAUCUUAGGGUUGCUAUUAUCGGAAGAGAAAAUGUUGGAAAGAGUACAUUAUUUAAUUCUCUAUUGGGAAGACAACAUUCUAUUGUUCACAAUUCUCCUGGUGUUACAAGAGAUUGUCAAGAAGCAAAAACACAAAUCAAAUUGAAAUAUCCAAUGAAUGUGUCCGAAGUUGUUUUUGAUAAAAAGGCAAGAAAGAGACUCAUCAAGAAGAUUUCAUGUACAUUCAUUGAUACUCCUGGAGCAAACUUUAUGGAGUCUAUUAUUCAACAAACUCAGGAUAGUAUUGCUAGCUCAAAUGUUGCCUUAUUGGUAACUGAUUGUCGUGAUGGACUUCAAAAGUGGGAUUAUCAUGUUGCCAAUUAUUUGGAAAUGAAAGGAAUUCCAGCCCUUCAUAUUUUGAACAAGUGUGAUGGCCCAUUAAUGAGAGGAGAUUCUGAUGAAUUGGAAGAAGUUAUUUCCAAAAAUACUAUACCUUCACUAGGAAAGCCUAUUCCAAUUUCAAGUGAAAUGAAAAUUGGAAUGGAUCAAAUUGUUUCAGCAAUUCAAUCUUAUCAUUUUUUGACUGAAAGUUUAAACGAGGAAACAUUACAAAAAACUAGAGAUGAAUUAUACCAAUCUGUCAUUGAGUCAAUUAAUCAAAGUAGGGUGUCUAAGAAUGAUGGUGAUUACAUUACGCUCGAUGAUGGAGUCAUGUGUGAAUCUGAAUAUGAUCUAGCCGACGAAAAUAAUGAAACUAAUUUCUUCCAACCUAGAGACUUUAAGGGUGAAUGGGAAAAUUUACCAACCGUACCUAGUUCACGUGAUUUUACUGAAACAGUCAAGAUUACCCAUAAAGAUAUUGAAAAUUUGGGUUCAAAACCUCAAAACUAUAGACAAGAAAAUGUUGCACCAGCUCCAAAGGUAGUUCAACAAGAACAAGAAGACGUUGAAGAAGAAAUGGAAGAAGCAGAAGAGCCGCAAGAACUUGUAAAUUCCAGUGGUAUGAAGGAGGAUAACAUUAUGAGAUUGGCCAUCAUUGGUAGAUCCAAUGUUGGAAAGAGUACUCUUUUGAACCAUUUAAUUGGUGAGGAAAGAACUCGUACUUCAAGCACACCAGGAACCACACGUGACACAAUUGAAGUUGAAGCAAUCAAUGAAAAGACCGGUCAGCAUUACUUAAUUUGUGACACUGCUGGUAUCAGAAAAAAGAAACAUACAGACACAGAUCGUAUUGAACAAAUGUCUCUAAAAGAUACUUACAGAACUAUCAAGUAUGCUAAUGUGUGCUGUCUCGUUGUUGAUCCAACACAUAAUAUCAGUGGUGAGGGUUAUGGGCUGACCCAACAAGAUUUAGACAUUGCAAGAAUGGUUGAAAAGGAAGGUAGAUCUCUUGUUAUUGCUUGCAACAAAUGGGAUAUGGUCAAAAAUCCAUACGUUGUUGCUCAACAAAUUGAAUCUCAAAUUGAAAGCUCACUCUCUCAAAUGCAAGGCAUUUCAGUUGUGGUAUGUUCUGCAAAGACUGGUAAAAACCUAUCACUCCUCCUCAAAGAAUGUGAGAAAUCUUAUAGAAAGUGGUCUUCAAAGAUUUCUACACAUCAACUCAAUACAUUUAUCAGACAAUACUUGGAAACCAAACCAAUUCCUCAAAGUUAUCCAAAAGUGAGAUACAUUUCACAGGUAGCCAUUAGACCUCCAACUUUCUGCAUUCACACCUCCAACAAAAAGUUCCCAACCAACUUUGAAAGACAAAUUAUUAAUGCCAUUAGAGAUGAAUUUGAAUUGGGAGGUGUUCCAUUCAGAGUCAUUCAAAAACUCAAUUCUAAGAAAAAUAAGAACGAGCAAGACAAUUAA